AUGAAGACGCUUGGUCUACGUCGCUCGACGAACAAGGAAGCGUCUGCCGCGCCCGGAUACAGUCCCCAGACGCUCCCAACGCUCAGCAAGCCCGUAUCUGCUGUAGUUCCGCCCAAAAAGGUCAUCAGAGCCCUCGCUAGCCACCGACCCACCGCGCCUCAAGAGUUGUCGUUUGCAAAGGGCGACUUCUUCUAUGUGAUCCGAGACGUCGUGCAUGCGAAUGGAACGAUCACGGGUGCCAGGGGGCUCGUCCCAAAGGAGCUGUUUGAAGGAUUUGACAAGUCCAAUGCCGCACAACGUUCUAUUGCUCUUGGAGGCCCUGGAGCUAGAAUCUCCGGCCCAAGCCAGCCCGUCGAUGCCGCUCGCUUUUCCAAUCCACCAACGUCGCCACGGCAGACUCCCGUCUUCUAUGCCGUCGUACAGCACGACUUUCAGGCCGAGCGUCCAGACGAGCUCGAUGCAAAGGCCGGAGACGCAAUCUCUGUCGUUGCACACUCGAACCGAGAGUGGUUCGUCGCUAAGCCUAUUGGACGACUCGGAGGUCCCGGUUUGAUUCCCGCGUCUUUCCUCGAGGUCCGAGACCCUGUAACAGGCCAGCCCAUCACCGACAUAGAUGCUCUCAUCGACCGCGGAGAAUUGCCACCGGUGGAAGAGUGGAAAAAGGCGACAAUGAACUACAAAGCCAGCAGCAUUGCAUUGGGCGUGAUCGACAGUCCAAACGCUGGUCCGGUUCCCAAUUCCAAGUUUCAGCAAAUGGCAAUGACUUCCCCUGGCGCUGAGAAUCGUUUCACCUAUGACCCCACCAACCCUUCAAACGCCUACCGACCAGAGGAUGUCAACACAUUUUCCGACGCUCGGCAAGACUACGACACGGAUCAGCGCGACUCGCUGCCACCGCCAGACCUCUCCAGGCUCGAUUUGGCUGACCCGCUGCCGUUUGGCGUCCUCAUCCGUGCAGAGGUGUCCUCCUUCCAUUACGAAUCCAACGACUGGGUGUUCCGUGUGAAUGCGACGUUCAGACCCGAUCCUCCAGCGAAAAAGAAUCCUUUUGAUCCCGCGCCUCUCAUGUCACGCGAGUUGACACUGUUCCGUGUCUAUGACGACUUUUACGUCUUCCAAAUACAACUGCUCGCGUCGUUCCCAGUCGAAGCCGGUCGGGAUCCCGAUCGACCAGACGAAGCGCCGCCCGAGGAUGAGGAUGGCCCGAGCACUCGCAUUCUUCCCUACAUGCCAGGCCCACAAGACGACGUCGACGAGACGGUAACAGACACACGGAGACAUGAUCUCGAUGUCUACCUCAAAGAGCUGGUGGCGUUGCGCGAGGUCGGGGCUGAGCACAUUCUUCGGUGCGAGCUCGUACGAAAGUUUUUCGCCGCUCGUGAUGGAGAUAUAGAAAAUGAAGUCCCGCUUCCCGACGAAGAUUAUCCUCCACAGGACAAUACACGGGGCUAUUACGACCACCAGCCUCAGGACGACUAUCACACUCGUUCUACCCAAAGCCAGCGACAACCCUCGGACUAUCAUGAUGCCCAAUCGAGAACGACAAGUUCGAACACCUAUUCCAGCCGAGCUCCCUCAACUGCCGAGACAUAUCACUCUAAAGAGUUGGGCCAUCCGUAUGCGAAAGCAAAAGCACCCACUAACCCCGUCCGUGACUCGAGGGACUCUGGAGAGGGUGAAGUAGGAUAUGGGCGGAUGUCAGAGCUUGACAGUGGACGCGGAUGGACCGACUCCAAGUAUUCCCAGCCGCACCCUUAUGCGCGAGAAUCGGCUGCUAGCCACCAGCGCGAACCCUCUAUUAUCAAGUCUCCUAUAACACGUUACAACUCUUCCUCGUACGGAUCACCCAAACAGCAUCGCGAUAGUUCUCCACUGCGAUCGACCUAUGCGCAAUCGAAUGGCCGCGAUAGCGAGUAUCGCAGCCAUACCACUACUCCAAGUAUCUCGACUGGCAACCCAAAUAGUCCCAGGAUCAGCAGUAAUAACCACAAUGCUGCGUUUGUGAAGAUUAAAAUAUUCCAUUCGAGCACAGACGAGCUGAUUGCUAUUCGCGUCAGCCCGCGAGUGUCGUUGCGACAGCUCAUGGAAAAAGUACGCGAGCGGCUAGGAGACGACGUGGCCAAUGUCAAAUAUCGAGAUGGGAUGGCUGCCGGUUCUGGCGGCACUGGCCACUUUGUAGACAUUUUAGAUGAUGCUCAUCUGAGAGAAUGGAUGAGCAGCGGCGACAAGCUUGUGCUCUAUGCGGAAUGA